AUGUCGCUUUCGACUCCCUACACAUACAUCCAGUGCCCAUGCUCGGAUCAGACUGUACUCAGUUCCGGCAAUGCUGAGGAGGACGAGCGAACCUUUGACCCCAAAGCCCCGCGAUCAAAUUACAGCCUAUAUCCUCUCGAGUAUCUCCUCUACUGCGAAGACUGCCAGCAGAUUCGAUGUCCAAGAUGCGUGACAGAAGAGUCUGUCACUUAUUACUGCCCCAAUUGCCUCUUUGAGGUGCCUAGCAGCAAUCUGCGCAGCGAAGUAUGCAUCGGCCCGCUCCAAGUCGGCGCCAUUCAACCCACCACAGAUGCGAACCUUUUGCCCACGCAGUAUCAGACCAAUCCCACGGGGGGGCCGUACGCGCUCUUUUGCCAGUACUGCAACUGGACUUCGACCGAGAUUGGCAUCGAGUUCGAUCGCCCUAGUGGCAUAUACAACCAGCUCUCCAAGAUCAACAACGGAGGCAAGCCAAAGCUCACGCUACGGGACGUCAAGGACCGUCGAAAAGAUAAUCCAGAUGAGCCACCCGUGCCCGACGACCAGGUCGAUGCCGAUUUGCAGUUUGCCAACCUCAAGGCGUUUUACCAGAGCCGGCUCUCGGAAACAAACACCUCAAUACGCGGGCUGCCACUACAUGAUGGACUUGGAUUUUCGUCUCCGGCUGCUCUGACUCGCAUCAUGUCCUUGUAUACCGGCCGGGGUCACCAGGGUCGCUUGCAGCAAGGUCCUGCGGAUAUCAUGCGCGAGGCACUCGGUACUAACGACGGCUUGAAAAUCGCCAACUUAGAUGAGUCAAAGGAGAUCAAGAAGCUCAUCAGCGGAGGAUGGGACGCUACAGCUUCACUGGAACAGCGAAAGGAGCAGACAGAGCCUAUACAAUUUGAGGACGAACUCCGGCCGAUUGCAUACCUGCUUCGCAGCAAGCGGUCAAAACGUUGCCCGGCGUGUCGCCACAUCAUAUCAAAGCCAGAGGCAAAAGUCACGUCUACGAGAUUCAAGAUUCGUCUAGUUGCCAAAUCGUACAUACCCACAAUCACCAUCCGGCCGCUUAAUCCAACCGCUGCGCCUGCACCCGUCACAUACAGGCCCAUGGUCAAGGAAGAAGCGCCAUUGAAGCCGCAUCAGCCGUACCACUUUGUUGUUACUUUUAAGAAUCCCCUCUUUGACAACAUCAAAGUCACGCUGGCCUCGCCAAAUGCAACCCCUGGCCGUUUCUCCAGCAGAGUUACGGUGUUGUGCCCACAGUUUGAGGUCGACGCCAACACCGACAUGUGGGAUGAUGCGCUCAAGGACGACGAAAAGGACAGGAGCCGCAAGGCGGAUGAAGGUCCUGAAGUGGGCAAGAUUUGGGAAAAGGGGCGAAACUGGGUGAGCAUCGUGCUGGAAGUCAUCCCGGCUUCUCUACGAAUCGACCAUCUGCCUAGGAAGGGCAAUGAGAAGAUUGAUACCAGCCCGCUCAAGAGCGGCGAAGAUAUUCUUGAAAUACCCAUGUUUGUGCGCAUGGAAUGGGAGGCUGAUACGCAAGCUGACAUGGACGACCGUCCUAGCAAGGACAACAAGGAGACGAGGGAGAAGCGAGAAUUGGCAUAUUGGUGCGUGCUGGGGGUCGGGCGCAUCAGUCGAGAUUGA